AUGGAAGAAGUGCCAGGAAUUCCACAUACGAUACCGCCGUUGGUGACCUAUCCGGAGGAGAAGGUCAGAGCGAGUCUCCCCCCCGCAGAAUGGCAAGCGUGCCUGGACUUGUGGCUGUUCAGCCUGGAAUUUCGUCUGCGGCUCCCGGACGAACAAUUCGCAAAGCUCGAGCAUUCACGAGCAGCGUCAGGGUUGGAUUAUCUCAAGUCUUACGUCGACAAUCACCCCAGUCCAACAUUAGUCACCACUUCAUCGAAGGAGGCACAAGUUCAACGGAGAACGUAUCUUUUGUUGAAGCGGCUGUUGCUAUCGACUCAGGCCAUACCACAUCUGGGAGCUUCAUCCAUCGUUGACUAUGUCAUAGCCGGCAGUGCUGUGUUCCAGGACCUCGCAGAUUGGCCGCGUUUCGUGGGCGCCUUGACAGCCAAGUAUCCCAAACAAGCCUCGGAAGGUUUCGACAAAUGGAAAGCAUCAGCUAUGAAACAGCUCGACAUGAUGAAAUCAACGGCCCGAGCCCAAGAGAUACUGCGUUGCGUCAAUGCGCUGCUCAAGGUAUACGCAGAAGCCGGCGUGAGGCUGAUGACCGGGUCCGAUUACUUGGAGACCCUCAUCGAGGUGUAUCGUCGGCAUGCGGCCUCGGCAGAAGAUCAAGCCAUGCAACAGGUCCUGACUGAGCAUCUGUACCUGUGCUUGAGGAAUCUGAUGUCAGAUAAGACCCGUCACCCCUCGCUUCUCCUUGAUCAAUUGUACAUCCUCAGAUCAGAUUCGAACAAACCUGGCGUGAAGACAACGGAAAACAGAACGAUACUCGCAGCAUUGUUGUGCACGACUAGCUUUCUACGACAUUUGGCUGGAGAUGCUGCAGUGGUGGACUCCAAGCGUGGUGCGGACAUGCUGGAUGCUCUUAUGACACACCGGGAGCAAACGAAACACCUCUUCCCAGCGCCUGUGCCACACCGACGGAAAGCUGCCAAAGGGAAAGGCAAGGUCGAUGCCGCUGAAGAGUUGCACAUACAUCAGACCUCACAAGUGUCGCAGAUCCAUGAGCUCUUCCCCGAUCUUCCCAAUGGCUACAUCCUGCGGCUGCUUGAUCACUUCAAUGACGAUGUCGAGCAAGUGACAGCUGCGUUGCUCGAACCGGCAUCCCUGCCUGGAGAUUUACAGGAACCCAGUGCCUUCACAGACACCCCGAUACCACAGCCAGACUUGGCACCUCGAUCGACACCGCCUCCAUUGCCUCAGAGGAAGAAUGUCUUUGACAACGACGACUUUGACAAAUUCAAAGUAUCAUCAAAACAGCUCCAUAAGGGCCGCAGAGACAUCAAAAUCAACGAGCCGGAGACUAUGGAAGAGCAUAGCCGCAGUAAAGCAGCCAUUAUGGCAGCACUCUCCAGAUUCGAUGCAGAUGAUGAUGAAAGGGAUGACACAUACGAUGCCGCCGAUGUCGGUGGUAGUGUCGACCAGAGCGUUGAUACCGAUAGUAGACCUCGUGCAGAGCCAACACUUGAACAAAGUCCGCAUGAGGAGGUUUUGUACCGCGCUUGGAAGGACGAUUCGAGUCUUUUUGCCCGAGACAGCAAAACCCGCAUAUCGAACGUGCGUCAGGACCUAAAGCGACAGACGGGCAUGAGCGAUGAGCAGAUUGAGGGGUGGGCGAUUAUGCUGGGUCGGGAUCCUGCACUACAACGCAAGAUGCAACAAAAAUAUUCAGUCGUGAACACAUUCAUGGGCAACCAGAAAGGGCUAGAGCCAACGAGAUGGCAGCAGAAUACCUCUGGCGAGAACUCUAUGGAUGAAGCAGAGGGUCAGAGCAGCGAUACGGCCAACAGUUCGGGCCGCGGAGGACGACCCUUUGGUAAUCGUGGACGUGGUCGCGGAACACCCACAUUUGUCACUCCAUCGAGCGGUUCUCAGCAAGGCGCGCGAAGUCGUGGUAGGGGAAGGGGGGGUGGCCGACCGAAUCACAACCGCAGAGAGGGCCGAGCUCGCAAGAUGGGACGAGGAAUGGCGGGAGCUCCUGCUGGUACAUAA